GAUGGUCGGAGACUGAAGGGAGCCAUCCAAAGGAGCACAGAAACGGGGCUGGCUGUCGAAAUGCCCAGCCGGACCGUCCGUCAAGCCAGCCAUGAGUCCAUUGAGGACAGCAUGAACAGCUACGGAUCAGAGGGAAACUUGAAUUUCAGUGGAGUCCAUCUGGCAUCUGCUGGGCAGUUUAGUGACUUCCUGGGGAGCAUGGGCCCUGCACAAUUUGUUGGGCGUCAGACCUUGGCCACCACCUCGAUGGGGGAUGUGGAAAUUGGCUUGCAAGAGCGAAAUGGGCAGCUAGAAGUGGAUAUCAUUCAGGCUCGAGGACUGACACCAAAACCCGGCUCCAAAACACUGCCAGCUGCUUACAUCAAAGCUUACCUGCUAGAGAAUGGCGUGUGCAUUGCGAAAAAGAAGACAAAAGUGGCUCGCAAAUCAUUAGACCCUUUGUACAAUCAGGUGUUACUGUUUGCUGAGAGCCCCCAGGGCAAAGUAUUACAGGUGAUAGUCUGGGGAAACUAUGGACGCAUGGAGCGCAAGCACUUCAUGGGAGUCGCCAGGGUCCUCCUGGAAGAACUGGAUUUGUCAACUUUAGCAAUCGGCUGGUACAAGCUCUUCCCAACCUCCUCGAUGGUAGAUCCCACUACAGGCCCACUCCUGCGUCAGUCCUCACAGCUUUCCCUGGAGAGCACAGUGGGACCCUGCUGCGACAGGUCUUAGUGAGUAAGGAAGGGGGAACUGCUUUUGUUUUUUAAACAUGCUGUCAAGGUUUUGUUUGCUGGAACUCUGACCUCAAGUGCAAUGCAUGUUCAAUCAGUUCUUGUGGAGCUGGAAGAGGAGGAUAAACCAGUGACCUUAGACAGAAGAUGAGGGGGAGGGCGCUGUGCCCUCUCCGUCCGAGGAGGAGGUGCCGUGGGGCAUGAGUCCUAGUUGUCAAAUUAGACAUACACCUCUUGUUUCACUUCUCUCGCUGUCAUUCUUGGACCCUUGUUUCAGAUAGUAUUAACCCUGGAAAGUUGCAGCAUUUGAAAGCAUUUGGGGGGAGUAAGGAGGGUAUUUUUCUUAACUGUGCAUCUUAGAAAUUUCUAAUACGGAUUCUUUCACAAGAAAGUACCUGAAAAAUUCAGAGGCCGAUAUCUGACCUAAAAAGAGCAGGAGCAGAAAGUUUCAGAGGAAGCAUUAGGUUUUUUAUAAGGUCUUUCUUCUUGAAAGGAAGAAAAAGAAAGAAACCUGCAACUCUUCCUUUAGAAUCAGUUCCACAUCACUGAGUCAUGUUAACUGUAACACUGUCGUCGCUGUGUUUUCAAACUGUGCCAAAUUACCAGCAAGUGUCUUUACUGCAUUACUUGUCUAACACUGCUGAUGAAGCAUACUUGGUGGGAGAAUAAGUAGCGCCUACUUAGACCAGACAGUUUGAACAGAGUUUGAGUUUAGCAGGCUAAUUAACUGCAAUUUUGCUCAGAAAAAAACCACUAGAAGUGGGAGCUGAACAUCAGACUUGCAGCUUGAGAUAUGUUUUGUGUUGUCAGAUACAACGUUCUGCAAUUUACUGACUCCCUUACUUGUUGCUGUGCAUCCUUCAGUCACAAUGUCUUCUAUCUCCUGCUUUUCUUCCAUCUCCUUUGUACUGGUACAUAUCUGCUGGAGGUGCUGCCCUUCCCGUUGUGCUAUGGACUGACCUGAAACAGGACUGUUUUAUUCUGCCACGGGAGAGGAGGUUGAGGUUUCUGGGGGUGCAGAAGAAAGAAACCUCGGUUUUUCAUCUGACAAGAAGGUGCUGGAGAGCAUGUAACCUUCCUUGUGGAGAAAAAGAUGCUGUAGACAGUAGUGGUAGUACAAAAACCUUGUCAAGUGUCCUGAAAGAGGAGAUGCAAUCCCCAAAGUAUGGAGAGGGUAGUGGGUGAGGAAUCUGAAGACGCUGUGGUCACAGCAUGUAUAUUUUGUUAACUAAGUGCAGCACUAACUGUAAACGAGUCUUGUAGAUUAAGCCAGUAAAGCACAUUCUCUGAGCUGCUGAACUACAGCAGCUGUUGUCAGCAGAGUCAUGUGCUGGAGUAAGUGCGCUAAAUCCUUCAGACAAUUAAAACCUUAUUAUCCAAAAUCACAGAGAAUCCCCAAAGAUUUUCUGUUGAUAGACCUGUUUUGGCUAGGUUUUGUCUUAGUUCCUAAUGAGGAUUUGAUGACUGCUGUGUCAGAAUAAGCUUUUGGAGAUGUUUUACUUUGUGAUUUAGAAGUGAAGGUCCCAUGUAACGUUUCGGAAUGAGCGGAUUCUUGACCUGUCGUAGGCAUACUGAACAUUUAUUUCUGCAUGUGGACCUCAGCUUUGUUAGAAUAAAAGCAUGAGUGUUGAGCGGAUGGUAAAAGCAGUUGCUUUUGGUCCUAGCUUGUCUAUGGCAUUUUAAGUUAUUUUGAGAUAAAUUACAGGAUAGAUGGAAAAAUAAUAGGCCUUACAAUAAUGUCUGUAAAAAAUUAUAUAAAGGAGAGGGAAGGAGGAUAAGGGACAUAGAAUGAAUGGUUUUUUGAGUCUUCAGUGGCAAAGCCUCAACAUUUCAGAUAAAUCUCUUAAUUUCCUUGAUCAAAUACGUGUCUGGCCUCUCACUAAUUAUUUUUUCUAAUCGUAUUAGACAAUUUCUAUAUAUUAGCUGAAGAAAGUUUGUUGCAUGCUGGUCAAACUAUGUUGUGGCGCUCUCUUUUAUUUUUAUUUUUUAAAAAAGCACAUUUACUGUAAUUCAAGUCAGCAUCUUUUCCUCUUGGUAUGUAGUGAGUACUAGGCAAUAUUGUACAAUACGUGUAUGAACUAGAAUAGAUUAGGUAGAUUUAGUGGUUUGUAGCACUGGAUCUUUUAAUAACUAUGUCUUUAAAAGGACCGUGGGGAGCUCCAGGUACAUGCCAGACCUGGCAGCUGAGUAACAGGGCUUCUGUGUUAAGUUAUGCCGAAAACUUUAUAUUGGUACUUAGUUUGGACAUUAUCUACCAGUAAUAGCUAGUUAAUCGUGGUUUUCCUGUGUCCAAUAAGAUGAAUGCAACAUUUUUGCAGUCUUUAAUGAGGAGUAGGAGACUAUAUAUGCCAAAAAUAUUCCCCCAGAACACUUUUCUUAAUGACUGUCUGUUGAAAAGCUCAGUUCCUGUAUGCCUGGCAAAUGUGUCUCUGUAUCCUACCCCUCCAAAAGCUCUGCAAGCUCAGUGAUGAUCAGUUUAGUUACAAUAGGACUACUUAACACUGAGGACUAUCUUCCGUAUGUUUUUAAUAAAGCUAAAAGGUCACUGUCAGGGUAAAAAAAAAAGUUACAGUUCUACUUGUGUUAUUUUUGUUAACGUCUCAGAUUCUGAAAUUUGGAGGCAGUUUAAACAGUCUGCUCCGUCCUGUUUUCUUCUGCAUUUUUUACAUGGUUGAUUGUAGUCCAGUGGUUCUCACUUUUGUUUCUACUCACUUCCAAGUCCUGUUUCUCCCCAGUAAGUGAACGUUGCAACCCUGGCUGCCACGCACAGCAAAGUCACAUGAACUAGCAAGUGCAGAUGAUCAUCCUUUGUAAAGCAGACUCACAGGAGCCCUUCUGAGAGUGCCCACGGGGUGCAGAGUGAGGCCAGGAGAGUUGCACGGUACCCUACAGUCUAAAUUCUUGCUUCACUCAUGCCCAUGACUCCUGCACUGACCAUGGUGUGUUAUAGUUAAAAAAGAAGUCUUCUAGUUACCCAUCAAUUUAAAGACUCCCAGUAUAGCAUCCAAGGCAAGUCUCAGGUUUGGAAUAGCUUAUUUUCAUAAAGCCUAACCUUUUUCUUUCCCCUCAAAUUUGACUUGCCAGUUUCUGUCUAAGGUGACGUGAUAUGACAGUUGGGAUUACCAGUGUGGUCGUGUAAAAAGUAGCAGUUUGCUAGAGUGAUGAGCAGCUGAAAACUAAACUUUGGUCCCCCUUGCAAGUCCUGACUGAGUUUUUUUCCUGUGUCUGAGUCUAGCUGUUAGUUAUAGUCAGGGAGGGGGAGAGGGAGAGGAAGAGCAGGAGACUUUUU